GUUGGCGUGAACGAAAGGCACCACGCUGUAAAACGGCUCCACGUGGUGUAGAUAUGUGAUUUAUUAUUUCAAAAGUUUCUUUAAAAAAUACCAAUAAUGACACAUUACAACUUCAAAAACAUCGUGGUUGUUCCAACUGCGAAAGACUUCACGGACAUUAUUUUGUCAAAAACUCAACGGAAGACUCCUACGGUGAUUCACAAACAUUAUAAGAUAUCAAGAAUCAGAGCGUUUUAUAUGCGAAAAGUCAAGUUCACUCAGCAAAAUUUUCAUGAUAAAUUAACACAAAUCAUUACAGAUUUCCCCAAACUAGAGGACAUACACCCAUUUUUUGCAGAUUUAAUGAAUGUUCUUUAUGAUAAAGAUCAUUACAAAUUAGCAUUAGGCCAACUAAGUACUGCUCGGCAUUUAAUUGACAAUGUUGCUAAGGAUUAUUGCCGUCUCAUGAAAUAUGGAGAUUCUCUUUACCGGUGUAAACUAUUGAAGAAAGCUGCCCUUGGAAGGAUGGCAACUAUAAUGAAGCGUCAGAAUCAAAGUCUUCAAUAUUUGGAGCAAGUCCGUCAGCAUAUAUCUCGUUUGCCAUCUAUAGAUCCCAAUACACGUACUCUGCUCAUUUGUGGAUUUCCUAAUGUUGGAAAGUCUAGUUUCAUAAACAAGAUUACAAGAGCAGAAGUUGAUGUACAACCUUAUGCCUUUACGACCAAAUCAUUGUUUGUGGGUCACACAGAUUACAAAUAUUUACGAUGGCAGGUGAUAGAUACUCCUGGUAUUCUUGAUCAUCCACUUGAGGACAGAAAUACAAUUGAAAUGCAAGCAAUCACAGCUUUAGCUCAUCUGCGUGCAUGUAUUAUAUUUGUUAUUGACCCUUCUGAACAAUGUAAUCAUUCAGUUGAAGAACAGAUAGAGCUCUUCAACAGUAUUAAACCCCUGUUUUUAAACAAGCCAACAGUAGUUGUUGCUAACAAAUCAGAUAUUAUACAAGUAGAAGAGUUACCUCCUGAAAAAAAGCAAAAAAUUGAGGCUUUAAAGGAAGAGGGUUUCCCAUUGUUGCAUAUGAGUACUUUAAGUGGUGAAGGAGUCAUUGAAUUGAGAAAUGCGGCUUGUGAUUGCUUAUUGGCUCAUCGUGUAGAAGUAAAAAUGAAAGGGAAGAAAGCUGCUGGAAUUUUAAAUAGGCUGCAAGUUGUUGAACCUAAACCAAGAGAUGACAAAUUAAGGCUGCCUUUUGUUCCUGCAAAAGUUCUGGAAAAGAAACAACAAAUGGAUGUUGACUCUAAGAAAGACAAGAAAUUGGAGCGAGAUAUAGAAAUGGAACUUGGUGAUGAUUAUAUCCUUGACUUGAAAAAGAAUUAUGUCAUUCCUGAUGACCAAAAGUAUGAUGUCAUUCCUGAACUCUGGGAAGGACAUAAUAUUGCAGAUUUCAUUGAUCCUGAAAUAGAAGAGAAAUUAAACAAUUUAGAAAAAGAAGAAGCUUUAAGAGAAGAAGCUGGUUUUUAUGCUGAGUCGGAAAGUGAAGAUGAUGAAGAAAUGAAAUCUAUACGUGAAUUAGCGAAAAAAAUUCGUGAAAAGAAAGGCGUUUUAAAAAUUCAAUCUCAAAUUAGAAAGAGCUCUACGAAGCCUAAACUUCCCAGGACAGCUAAAAAGCGAACAAGAAGUGUUAGUCGUUUGAGAAGUGAAAUGAGGCAACUUGGUGUGGAACUGGAUAGUAGUAAGGCUCAUUUUGAUGAUGCUAUUGUUGGAAGAACUGUAAGACCAGUUAAGAGGAAAAGAGAAGAUAGCGAAGGGCGUGUUCGCAGUAGUUCCAGAACACCAAGAGAUGAAUCUGGUGUCAGGGAUAUUAAGAUGCGAAAGAAAGUUAGAAAACUUGCAAAAAUUUCCCAACGAUCUUCUAAUCAAAUGGCUAAAAAGGGUGAAGCAGAUAGAAAAAUACCCAAUUUGCGGCCCAAACAUCUGUUAUCUGGCAAGCGGGGUCUUGGAACUCAUAAUAGGCGGUGAAAUUUGUAUUAUAUAUUGUUAUGUUAAGUUAUUUUUUAUUAAUUUUGUGCAAAUGUAAUGAUUACAUUUGUUGAAUAAAGAAUAUUUUACUUCA